AUGCUUGAGCUCUACCGUCUUAUGGAACACAAAAAACAUAAAGAUGUUGGGCUUGAGAUCUACACUCUCAUUGAGAAUAAUAAAGGGGGCCUUCUUAUAGAGCUCGCCGAGAAGAUGAUGAUGCUCUACUUGGAGUUCGGCUUCGGGUUGGUUGGGAAAGGAGACCAGCAGAGAACCAUGCUCGAGCGGGAACGGGCAAAGAUGGAAAAUGUUUUGAGUUGGGUAUCGGCCCUCAUCCGGUAUUGGAGUUAA